AUGGAUAUAGAUUUAACCACUAGCGAAAGUUCGAGUGAAAAUUCAGAGAUAACUCUUUUAGACACAAGUAUCGACCAACCUAUUAGUGAGGAUGAAAAUUCUGAAAUGAUCCCUGCUGUUUCUA